CUACUAUUCCCAGGGCAGGGGUUGAAGCAAGCUCAAGAUUAGCAAAGGCUUGGUGGCUGUGCACAAGCAUCGGCUAACAAAUCACAAGCGUGAUACAAUUCAUCGAUAUCAUCAUCCAUCGCAAGCUUGCUUUCCCGUUAUCAUCAGUCGCGCCCCGUUUGGCGCGGCGUUAUUCGAACCCCCCACGCGACCUCCCACCGGACCGUUGCCUAAUCGUAUCGGACAUUUGUCUCGGAGCGAUCACGUCAACAAGCCUUGCACAAUGGCGCCGAAAUAUGCGCUCUCGGAGUCCGAGUCUGAGUCCGAAUCGACGUCUGCCCGUGCGGCCGUCCCGUCGGACGCGCUGGAACAAGCUUUACGCGACACCGUCGCCAAGAUCUACAAAUCGGGCAAAUUGGAGGAAUUGACCGUCAAACGUGUCCGUCUCGCUGCUGAGAACGCGCUAAAGCUAGAGGAGGGAUUUUUCAAGUCCCAGGGAGAUUGGAAAGCUAGAAGUGAGGAGGUCAUUCGCGAUCAAGUGGAAAUUGAAGAGAGAGCCGCCGAACGGUCAGCCCCAGAGAAGGUUGAAAGUGAAUCGGAAAGUGAAUUGUCCUCGGAAGACGCGAAGCCCGCGAAAAGAACAAAAUCGAAUAAUACCGCUGCAUCGCGUAAACGCCAGAAGACCAGUCCGUCGGACGCUGAGGAAGACGAAAGUUCGAACGCAUUGGAGAAAGAUGAUGGGGACGAAGUAAAGCCUUCCGCCAAGAGGCAAACAAAGGCCACCGCCAAAAAGCAGACCAAGUCCAGUGAAGAGCCCUCUCUCAGCGAUUCUCCUGACACUACCAAGGGGAAAGAAGCCAAGUCGGAAGAUAAAGUCGAUUCUGAGAGUGAAAUGUCGGUGGUCCUUGAUGAAGAGCCGAAACCCGUGCGCAAGCGACAGAAGAGCGCCGAGACGUCCUCACGGAAAGGGAAAAAGGCGACUGCGGCCAAGGGCAAAGAUGCGGAUCAGGAUCCCAACCAAGCUGAGAUUAAGCGACUGCAGGGCUGGCUGAUCAAGUGCGGGAUUCGCAAGAUGUGGGCGAGGGAGCUGGCUCCUUUUGACACCCCCAAGGCCAAAAUCAAACACCUCAAGGACAUGUUGAAGGAUGCCGGCAUGGAAGGGCGCUACUCCGUGGAAAAAGCCAACUGCAUCCGCGAGGAGCGUGAGCUCAAAGCGGACCUUGAGCUGGUGCAGGAAGGCGCCAAGCGAUGGGGCAAGGAUGGUGGCAGUGACGACAGUGAGGACAGCCGGCCUAAACGGAGGUUGAAUCGCGGGCGUCGAGGCCUAGCCUUCUUGGAAGAUGAGGGUGGUGACGAGACGGACUGAUGGUCAUGGAUUGAUGUCGCUGAUU